AUGGCUCCUCCCAAGAUCGAGCAGAAGGAAAUUGAAACAUACUGGAACAUCUUCGUGGACAGGACAGGAGGCGGGCAGUUCCUUACCGGCGAACAGGCUGCGCCCGUCCUCAAGAACAGUGGCCUUCGCGAUGACCAGCUUGAAAAGGUCUGGGACCUGGCCGACGUCGACAACGAUGGAAACCUAGACUUUGAGGAGUUUUGCGUCGCUAUGCGACUCAUCUUUGAUAUCCUCAACGGGCAAGCCGGAUUAGAAACUGACCAACUUGUUCGCGUGCGCCAGGAGUUUGCCGAUGUACCAAAGACGCUCCCUGACUGGAUGAUCCCCGAGUCGAAAGCCCAUCUUGUGCAGGCAACCAAAGCCAUCACGGGGAAGCAGCCGCAGUUUGAACAAGUCGAGGACGAAGACGAUACCCCUGGCCUGAAAGAUGGAUUCGAGUGGUAUAUGAAGCCCGAGGACAAGGCCAAGUACGAGCAGAUAUAUCAGGAGAGCCGAGACAUGCGAGGAGAAGUAUCAUUCACUUCCCUCGAAGACCUCUAUGAGUCGUUGGACGUUCCCGACACCGACGUUCGAUCUGCCUGGAACCUCAUCAACCCAUCUGCCUCAUCGAGCAUCAACAAGGAUGCAUGCCUUGCAUUCCUCCACAUUCUAAACAACCGACACGAGGGCUUCCGAAUUCCCCGCACAGUACCCGCCUCACUGCGGUCGAGCUUUGAGCGCAACCAGAUCGAUUACCAAGUCGACAACCAAAGGGGCGGAGUGUCAUCACGGUGGGCUACCAAGGCAGAUGACUCUACAGCGACGGGACGCAAGGCCAAGUUCGGCGAUCAAUACUUGACAAGACUCGGACGCAGCGGUUUCAAGACGGCAGGCACCGACUUCUCGACGGAGAAGACGGAGGAUUGGGAGGAAGUGAGGCUCAAGCGCCAACUGCAGGACCUGGAGGACAAGAUGAAGAAGGUCGAAGAAAUUGCAGAGCGGCGGAAGGGCGGCAAACGUGAUUCUAAGCCGGCGCUCGUCAAGCGAGAGCUGGAUCAACUUCUUGACUACAAGCGAAGGGAGCUGAGAGACUUGGAAGAGGGCAAGGGCAAAAGUGCCGUUGGUGGAAACCUGAAGAGCAUAUCAGAUGACCUGGAGACGGUCCGUGAGCAAGUGGAUGGCCUAGAAGCGCACUUGAGGUCUCGAGAGCAAAUCUUGGAGCAGUUGCAGAGAGAGAUUGACGACGAGAAGAGGGGUUGA